UAUGUGCUUGCAACAAUGUCAGGCAUUGUAAUUGACUUGUUUACUGAAGGAAAAGUAUUGCCACAGUUACAAGAGGUCAAUACUUGGUUAGAAUUGACUGAUAGAUUGAUGCCCAAGGGUCGUCUCAUGGUGAACUGCGGUGGCAUCAAUGAAGUAUCUGUUGUGACAGAUGGAGUGCCUCGCCCUGAGACUUCUUCAAUUGAUGGCCCCUGGGCGCAAAAUUCUACUAUCCAGGCACUACUGAAAGCAUUUCCGGAACAAUUGAGCUGGAAGAGAAUGCCUAAAAGGGAUGGUGAAAAUUAUCUUGCAUUAACAGGACCUUUGCCCGACUUGGCUUCGUGGUCUGCUAUGGUCCCAGGUCCUCUGAGUCAGAGUGUAAAGCAAUGGAAGCCUUGUGUACCUUCUUCUUAAAACCUGCUCUUGGCUGUUACAAAUGUGACCAGAACGUUUCCCAGUCAAAGUUGAAACAACACUACUCCUAUUCCUGUUAGAUCCCUAUGAGGCAUGUACCAAAAGGAAAGUUUGUGUGUUCUGAGGUUUUAUCCACCGGUUUGUUCGGACUUUUUCUGCAUCCAACUUCCAUAGUCUUCUUCUUCUUCUUAUUGAGAAGAUGAACAUUGAUAGUGAUCAGUAGCCUGUAGCUCAAUUGAAUGUAACCUUCCUCUUUGAGAUGUUGUAGAUAUAGAAUAACCGUGCCGAAAAAUGGCUGUUGCUUGA